AUGCUUGCUGGUAGCCAGCGUGAGAAGCUCGCGGCGCUCAUUGAGUCUUCUGCGGCUCGCGCCGCCGCCGAGACGUUGAAGCAGGAGGCAGAGGAGCACGACGACGAAUCAUCUUUCGAGUCGAUUGCCGAUGCGCAGGACAUCUCUGAGAUGGUGCCGGCGGAGGAGGAGGACAUCUCUGCGGCCGCCCCGCCCGCCGUGGCGCCGGAGUCGCCGACUACGGCCGUUCCACCGUCGCCCCAAUCGGACCUCGCAGCGCAGGCUCUCCCGUCGCCAGAGCCGCCGCCGCCACCCUCGCCACUGCCGCCACCCUCGCCUCCGCCCACGCCGCCGACUUUCGACGAAGUCGAGGCCAAGGACUUGGCGCCGGCGGCGCCGGCCAAGGAUUUGGCGCCCGCGGCGCCGGAUAAGGAGCCGGCGCCCGCCCCGAACAAGCGGCCAGCUGCCCCACGCCCCGUCCUGCUCGGCCUCCUCCUCCUGCUCGCGUCGGGCGUCGGCCUCGGCCUACUUUUCCGCCCCUCGGCGGUCGCGGUCGCGGUCGCCACGCCCGCCCCGCCCCCGCCGCACGCCUUUGUGGUGGGCGUGCGCGCCAUCUCCGCCAAAGCAGAGCUGCUGCCCGCCAUCACCGCAAACGCCUCUGCCGGCGCCGCGCAGUGGGCUCGCGGCGCAGGCCUGGCGACUGGCCGGCAGGUGUCUCGCGGCGCGUCUGCAGGCGCGGCGACGCUUUCUGCCGCGGCGGCGAGCGCGUCCAAGCAAGCCUCGCGCGGCGCCGCUUCCGGCGCGGCGCUGCUCCGCGCCGCUGCGACGGCGGCAGCAACAGCGGCGGCGGCAUCCGCGCACACGGCCAAGGCGGGGACGGCUUGGGCGGCGGCGGCGGCGGCCAACGCCUCGGCGACGGCCAGGCAGCGCUCGGCCCCCGCCCUCUCCGCCGCCGCGUCUGCCCUCUCCUCCGCGGCAGCCAACUGGUCCAAGGAGGCGGCGCGGCGCGGCCGAAAGCUGGCCGCUUCAGGCAAAUGCGUCGCCGCCGCCGCUGGCGCCGCCCUCGCCGCCCUCCCCGGCGCCGGCGCCGCCCUCGCUGGAAACGCCUCCUCCGCCGCCGCCGCUGCCGUCGCCGCCGCAGGCCCCCACGUCGCUGCGCUGCGGUCGGGUCUCGAGGCGGCCUCUCGAGGUCUCGAGGGGGCGGUGCGGCUGCGGCUGCAGAUCAUCCGUGCCGCGGAGAAGCGCGGAGUGGCGGAGGCCCCGGCGGAAGCGAGGCCGCAGAGCGUGUGGUGGUGA